ACAGUUGUUUGUUCAAAAUAGUUGCCGUUCUGUUCGCACAAAGAACGGUCUCUGCGGGCGUUAUUGCUUGCUCGUGAAACGAAACGUUAUCGUAUUCGCGUAGCCCAGCUGUCAAACGCUUUAGUUCACAAAUUCUUUAAUUUCGCUAAUAUUUUCCAAAAUAAUUAUGGUUGAUUAAGUUUUCUUGUGGUGCAAACUCUCCAAUAAUCAAAUAAAGUAAUUAUAACUUGACUUUUAAUUAUCAAAAAUGGGGUUGUGCAAUUGAUGUCAGAAUUAGACUUUGUUUUUGUUACGAACUGCUUAGAUUUUCAUAUGUUUUUCUUUUGAGUUUGCCGUGUUUCUUGUUAACGUGUAGUGCUAGCAGUGUGAUUGGCCGGUCUUUUGUUUUUAUUUGCGAAAGUAAAGCUCUGAGCUAAACAAGAUGUCCAAGGUAUCUUUAAACAAUGUACCUUCGAACCCACGGAUCAACAGGCUGAGAACGUUUUCUAGGACUGAAAGUGAAACGUCAUGCGAGGAGGCGGCGCGGCUGACCGCCGAGGGGGCGGCGGAGGAAGAUGACGAGGCUUACGACUAUGGCAACCUCCCCCCGCCCCCCGACGGUGGGUAUGGCUGGGUGGUCGUCUUCGCCUCCUUCAUGUGCAACCUGGUGGUGGACGGCAUCGCCUACACCUUCGGCAUAUUCCUCCCCGAGCUGGUCACGUUCUUCGGCGAGGGGAAGGGAACUGUCGCGUGGGUCGGCAGUCUCUUGUCCGGAGUCUAUCUUGCUGCUGGUCCGAUAGUAUCGGCGUUAUGUAACAAGUUCGGGUGCCGCGCGGUAUGCGUGGCAGGGUCUCUGGUGGCCGCAGCGGCCUUCGUGCUAUCCACCUUCAGUAAAAGUGUCACCGUCAUGAUGAUCACGUAUGGCCUACUUGGAGGAAUCGGCUUCGGUAUGAUCUACCUUCCAUCUGUGGUAGCCGUAGGCUACUACUUCGAGACCCGACGUUCUCUAGCCACGGGCAUCGCCGUUUGUGGCUCAGGUGUUGGAACCUUCAGCUUCGCUCCUCUCGCCGCUCUCCUGCUAGAGGGAUUUGGAUCUUGGCAGAACGCAAACCUACUACUGGCCGGACUGAUUCUCAAUUGCGCCGUAUUCGGGGCGUUAAUGAGGCCAUUAGUUUACCCUAAGACUUCAGGUGAAAAGCCUCUUUUACAACGUAUGGCCGAAGAGAAAAGAUUACAAAUGGAAAGGGGAUCCAUUGGAGGCUCAUAUUUCUUAGUGCAGCUGCCUGAUGGAACUAUGGAGAAGAGAAUGAAGGCGCCGUUGAACAUCGACCCGGGCGUGCACUCGUCACUCAACCUGGAAGCAAUGGCGCGCGUGCCUACCGUGCCCAACAUGCCGGGCCUGCCCGCCGCCCCCACGCUGCCCACCAUCACUGAAGCCAACGUCACCGAACUCAAUGCUGAGAAGAACAAAGGAAAGGGCGAGAACGGCACGUCGCACCUGCCAGCGCCGACGCCGCAGCAGAUCUCCCGCAACGUCUCGUCGCCCGCGUUCAGCGCGCAAGCGCCUGGCCUGCCGAAGAACGGCUCCGUGCCCUUCUUCGACCGCCAACGCAAACACAGCACCGGAGAGAGGUCAGCUGAUAGAUUCAAACCGUCCUUAUCUGCAAUCAAAGCCUCGUCCAGAACUUCCAUGAAUAGUCAAUUUAAAAAUGCUCCUGAUGGUGACGGAGAUAGCGUAAUGUUCACGUCGAAGUUGUCUGUCUCUGGACCGCGGGAGCCGUCGCGCAUGGUGCGGCCCAUGUCGCGCAAAGACAUCUUCUACUCAGGGUCCGUGCUUAAUCUACCUCAGUACCAGAGCCAGAAGUCCCUACAAGGCUAUAGAAACUCAGUGCUUAGUCUACCACAGAGUCGACAAACUGGCGAUUUGGAGAGACAGGAACAGUACGACCUGUGCCCGUGCCUAGCCCUGCCCAGUUCAUUCAAGUCGGCCCUGGCGUCCAUGUUGGACGUCAGCCUACUCCGGGACCCCGCGUUCAUGCUCAUUGGAGUGUCCAAUGUGUUUGGUAUGGCGGGCCUGUACGUACCUUUCGUGUAUAUUGUCGACGCUGCCAGGUUGAAUGGCGUGGAGCCGUCGCAAGCAUCGUUCCUGCUGUCGAUCAUCGGCAUCACGAACACGAUCGGUCGUAUCGCGUGCGGCUGGGUCGCUGACUUCCCCUGGAUGGACUCGCUGCUGCUCAAUAAUAUAUGUCUAGUUGUUGCAACGAUAUCCGUGGGUGUGACACCGUUCUGUUCGUCGUAUGCGGCCUACGUAGCAGUGGCCAUUGCGUUCGGCAUAGCUAUUUCGGGCUACAUCUCCCUGACAUCAAUCAUCCUGGUAGACCUGCUGGGAUUGGACAAGUUGACCAACGCGUUCGGCCUGCUCAUCCUGUUCCGAGGCGCGGCCGCCAUAAUUGGAUCCCCGCUCGCUGGUGCCGUCUAUGACGCUACUAAGAAUUACGACGCGUCAUUCUAUAUGGCCGCCGCGUUCUUCCUGGCCUCUACUCUUACGUCGUUUGCUGCACCUUUGUUCCGCAGAAAACAAGAAGAGAUCCAGCAACCAGUGGACAUCCUGACCCCCAUCGACGAGGACUUAGAAGAGGGCGACGAAGAGGACCCGGACGACACUCCCAUCACGAUGGGGGCUGGGGCCCUCAAGCAGCGCCCUCCAGCCAUCACUGAGACCGCGGCGUCGCCCUCCGACCCGCCCUCCUACGAUGACGUCUCGCAGCGGGAGAGCGUACUCUAACGUAAUAUAAACACCGCUGAUACAAGUUAGUCUACACCUUUACGCCGCCCGUACUUUGAACGCGUUUUCGUACGUAUUUGUCUCGUAUCACUGUGGUCCUGGUACAUCGGCUUGCUUCUCAAUGGGGAGCGCCGAAACCUCGGUAACGGACUUGCACCAAUGAGUUAUUCUUCAUAAGUGCAGUUCUCAGUUCGACCAUUAUAGACGGCGAUACGGCUACCACCUAACACGUUGGUCUGUUCAUCUUGCGAUGGAUGUACCCCUAUCCCAAUAACUAUCUAUGAUGCGAUGUAAUCGUGAGCUUAGGUCGUCUCGUGCCAACACGUACGAAUACGCAGGAAAAACCCCAAAGUUCCAAGUACUAUGGGAUCGCGCAGAUCGAGUGCGAGUUGGUUGUCAUACACAAGUAUUUUGUACGUGUGCAAAUUCGUACGAAAACUGUUGACUUUCGGAUGCGGUAGCGGACGCAAACAAAAUAUCUAAUCAUAACACAGCACCAUACUUAUAUACCUGUAUACCCCGAAGGACUUGGCAAAUGUGUAUAGUAUAAAUAUACCCACUCCUUGCCAGCUAUGUUUAAAUCCCAUGUAGUAAGGAGUAAGAUAUUUUACAAUAGCUUUAAUAUUACGCGUCCAAGCUCGUCACCGCUCCCGUUGGUCAACGUAAACAAGCUUACAUUGGGCGGCGUUUGCGAUACACUGGGUUCCGUAUCGAAACACUCGAUAUGGUACCCAGAAUCGCAACAGUAGCGUGCUUUGAAUGAUAUAAAAUCUAAGAUGCAGUCGACUAUAUACCGGUAUAUAUGGUUGAAUAUCUGGAGCAACCAGUUGAAGCAUUUCAUAGCUUCAUAACCUCAGAGGACUCUUCAUACUCUAUCACUAUAUUAAUCUGUGCUCUUUUCCUCCAACAGUCUCGAACCUUAGCUUCGUGCAAUUGUUGUGCCAAUUUUAUUAUAAUCUGUAAAUUUCAAUACCUAUCACAUCUCUUAGAAUAAUCAUUUUUUUAUGGAACUAUUCAAAAUGGAAGUAUAAUUAAUUACAACUAAAAUGUCGACUGCAUCUUUGUAUUUCAAUGUAUGAGUGGUUUCACUGAAUGUAUUAAAAUGUCCAACUUCAAUAGAACCAUUAUACCACGAUCUCAUAGUUAUUGGAUGUGCGACAUUUUAAUUUGUUUAUUGAAAUUGUCAAUUAAUAAUAGGUAUGAUAGACUAUUCAAAACGAUUCGUUUUCUGAACAUUAUUACGUUAUGUAGCGGUCUGGUGGCGAGAAACGUUAUAUACUGAUAUUAAACGGCGAAUCGGCAAACAAAUCGUUUUGAUCAUAAACAUAAUGUGGAGGUGCAAAUGUGGUGAAUACGUUACGAUAAAGUUACCAUAUAUUUAUUAAGAACGACGUAGCGUGUAAGACAAAAUGUUAAUAAAAACAAUCGACCGGAAUUGACUGCGAGCAAUAAAGCGUAUACAUUCGCUUUGCAUUUGACCGAGACUAUGUAUUUCCAACGUGCCAUAAUGCUUCUCGUGGUGCUAGCGUCAAUGUACUCGAUGUCAACAACUAGCUACGGUUAAUUAACUAAUACUCAUAAAAGAACUGAAAUACAAAUAUUCAGAAUGUCCAAAGAACUAAUCAGCAAUAAAAGUACUUAUAGGCUCGUACUUAGGGGCAGAAUGACAUUAAAAUAUAAAAAUAAAAAAAUACUAAUUUCGUAGAUCAUCUUUUUAUACAAACACGUAUAUUGGAUUGAUUUGUAUUUCAAAUAUUGACAAUAAGCUGAUGUCUCAAAAGCCUAUGAUUUGUACUCGUUCAAAUGACAUGGUUUUAAUUUUAAUUAAUGUCUAUAAGAUCCAAUAUUUUGUCGAUUUUAUUACAACUCAGUGUAAAUAUGUAAAGAGAUAGAAGCUAUGUAGUUGUAAAUACACAAUGAAAUAGAUAGGCAAUUUCCAAUUAUCGCAACUCGUCUUCUGAGCGUAUUCUUGUAUUUUUCUAACGAACGAUGAAGGGACAGUCACGGUUUUAAGGUAUGGGUUGAAGUUCCAAAAGUAAUGGUAAAUAAAUACGUGGGUUAAUUAGAAAAUCGGUAUCAUUUCAAAAUGAGCGAGUUGGAUUUACUAUUAAGUAUAUAACCUACGUAAUAUAUAAACAUAAACAGAAUAUAUAGGUACGUCCUACUGCUGGGCACAGGCUUCCUCUCAAGGAAGGUCUUAUUGUAUAUAUUACAAUAACUUUUGUUUUCUUUACAAACUUUGCCUAGUUAUUUUAUAUAUUAAAACUGUCAAAUUGUAUAUUUUAUGUAUCAUUCAUUGUCUUAUAGAAAUGCUAAUCAGAUUAGCUAGUUCAAUGGGACGCUUAGAAUUGAAGUAGACUUGUUACCGUUUCUGAUUAACCUAGUAGCAUGUUUUUGAAUGUUUACGUGUGUAUAAUGUAGAAUAGAACUUACGCCUUUUAAACUCGCUAGACUAAGUUCACUUUUCGAGCUUGGCUUUUUUCCCCUAACUAUUUUUUGAGAGACAUGUUUCGUGGACUGAAUAUACAGAGCGUUACGGUUCGUAUUCACGGUUAAUUGUGAUUAACGAGAGAUUUUUGUCUCGACGUGGUAUGUAGAAGUAAUAAGUACAAUGCGAAUAAAAUAAAUACACGUUUUAAUCGAGAACUUCACUGUAUAUUUAGGUAUUUUUCAAUCUAUCGUGUGCCAUUGCAAUGAACAACUCUCCUGUACAUAAGUGACGUAUUAUAAGGUUCUAAUAUAGAAGUGGAUUAAAGCAACGCAGUCAAUUUGCAAGUUUCAGAUACCAAAAACUCAUAUAGUGACACUAGGCUCCAUACACAUGCCAGUCUCAUAGAAUGUAUAUAAAUGCAGAGUAAAAGUACAAUCUGUAUUUUAUUAUGGAACUAUUAAUCAUGAAUAUGCCUACGAUUAAAUUUUAUUAUAUUUUGUUUAUAAGUUUUAGUGUUAGCAUAAAUAUAGUAUAAUUAUGGUAAAGAUUUGUAUAGAAAUGUAUUAUUGAAAGAUUUAUUGAGUAAUGUUACUGUUGUUAUAGCUUUAUGUAAAAACCAAAAGUGUUAUUAUGUUUUUAAGAAUGAAAGUUAUAUAGGAACUAAAUGGUAAUGUAAAGGAAAUAAUCUAAAGGAAUUAUAUUCUGAAGUUUUAAUUACAAAAAUGAUGUUUGAACACUAACAAAUAUUGAGUACGCAUAAAACUGUACGUAUUGAAGUGUUUAUCUCGUGAUUAAUAUAUAAUAUAAAUUGAAUUCUCAACUUAGUUUUACGACUUUCAGUAUUGGCUCAAAGUAUUUUUUUAACUUGUGGAUUAAAGGCUGUUUGCACACCUGUGAUCUGAUAUAUAGAGCGAAUAGCUUCAGUUUAAUUGUAAACACCAUUUAUUACAUAAAUGGAUCACUGUCCAGAAAAUUAAUUCAGGCUACACUUGUAUGUAUUGCGAUUACAUAUAUAUGUAUUGCGAUGUGCAAUGUUUACUGAUACGGUACUGUAUCAAAAGGAAACUAUUAAGAUAUUGUAAACCAAAUGUGUGUGAACAGCUUUCAUAGAGGUGUGUCAAAACAAUCGAAUUGUUUCAGAUUUAGCCAUAAUAAAUAAUAACACACGCGCGCAUGUAUUUUACCUGUAACUUACAGGUUUAAUGGUUACAAUGAGAGCAGAGGUCAACACAUACGCCAGCUGUAUUCUGUCUCGCUCGCUCGCGCCCUGAGCGACCGCGGUGUGAAUGAGACUCACACCUCUGACGCACAUAGCGGGUGUUUUUUUACGAUGUUAAUGUGAUAUAAAUUUACUUUUGUUGUCCUCUGCCGUCAUUGCAAGUUUAUAUUUUCUAUAUAUAUAUAUCAGUGUAAUUCAUAAAAACUGAUCUGUUAGUGUCAAAGACACGCUAUCAAUCAAUACAUUCUUUUAUUUGAUUGAUUGAUGUAAAUUUUGAUUCAUGAUCGAUCAGUCAUCGGAAAUUACCAGUUUUUAUGAAUAGCCCCGUGUCACCGUCACGCAGUGCUGUGCAUCGUAUUUUAGAAACUUAUUGUUGACAAUGUCCACCGAAAUCCUUUGUAAAUAAUAACAGACUCAUUAAAUGAUGAUGAUGACUGAUA